AUGUCUACAAAAUGGAUUUCUUUUCUUCUAAUGGUACCAUUUCUAUGCUACUUUAGCCCUGGGCGUUGUGGGAAAGUGUUGGUGUUCCCUAUGGAAUACAGCCACUGGAUCAAUAUCAAGACAAUUCUGGAUGAACUUAUACAGAGAGGCCACGAGGUAACAGUCCUCCUACCAUCUGCUUCCGUCUUUGUUGAUCCCAACGAAUCACCUACCAUUAAAUUUGAGCCUUAUACUUCAUCUUUGAGUAAGAGUGAUAUAGAAGAUCUUUCCCAAAGGUGUCUCCAUCAAGUUAUAUCUGGACUUUCACAAGAACCUUUCUGGACCUAUCAUUCACGGUUGCAAGAGAUCUUCAGGGGUUUUUCUGACACCGUGGAACAAGUGUGCAAGGAUCUCGUUCUGAACAAGGAAGUGAUGACAAAACUACGAAGGUCAAAGUUUGACGCCGUUCUUGCAGAUGCCUUUGCACCCUGCGGAGAGCUGCUGGCUGAGUUACUGAAGCUGCCUUUGGUGUACACUCUCCGCUUCUUCCCUGGCUACACCUAUGAGCAGCACAGCGGGGGACUUCCAGUCCCCCCUUCCUACGUGCCUCUCCCCAUGUCUCAACUAACUGAUCACAUGACAUUCAUGGAGAGGGUGGGAAACAUGCUGUUUCUGCUUUAUUCUAACUUCUGGCUUGAAGUCUUUACUGUGGAGAGAUGGGAUUGGUUUUACAGUGAUGUUCUAGGGAGACCCACUACCUUAUCUGAGACAAUGGCUAAAGCUGAUAUAUGGCUCAUUCGAACCUACUGGGAUAUUGAAUUUCCUCGUCCAUUCUUACCAAAUUUUGAAUUUGUGGGCGGACUCCACUGCAAACCUGCCAAACCUCUGCCUAAGGAAAUGGAAGACUUUGUCCAGAGCUCUGGCGACGAGGGCGUUGUGGUGUUUUCUCUGGGGUCAAUGGUCAGUAACGUGACAGAAGAGAGGGCCAAUGUGAUUGCAUCGGCGCUAGCACAGAUCCCGCAAAAGGUUGUAUGGAAAUUUCAUGGCAAGAAACCAGACACCUUAGGAUCCAACACUUGGUUGUACAAGUGGAUUCCCCAGAAUGAUCUUCUUGGUCAUCCAAAAACCAAGGCUUUCAUCACUCACGGUGGGACCAACGGUGUCUACGAGGCCAUCUACCAUGGCGUUCCCAUGGUGGGCAUUCCUCUGUUUGCAGAUCAGCCUGACAACAUUGUUCGCUUGGUGGCCAAAGGAGCAGCUGUCAGGCUGAACUUCCACACAAUGACCAAGUCAGACCUUCUCAACGCCUUGGAGGCAGUUAUUUAUGACCCUUUCUACAAAGAGAACGCGAUGAGGUUAUCAAGAAUUCACCACGAUCAGCCCGUGAAGCCCCUGGACCGAGCUGUCUUCUGGAUCGAGUUUGUCAUGCGCCACAAAGGAGCCAAGCACCUCCGCCCAGCCGUCCACGACCUCACCUGGCUCCAGUACCACUCUCUGGAUGUCAUUGCCUUCCUGCUAGCCUGCGUGGCCGCUGUCACCUUCAUCUUCACAAAGGGUUGCGUGCUCUGUUGCCGGAGGUUAGCUAAAAGCGAAAGAAAGAAGCACAGGGACUGA